AUGAUUGUUACUGGUCAAUCGUGUGUUAAGAUUCAAAAUCGUGAAUUUAAAACUAAACUUCAAGUUUAUGGAAUUUUGAAUGAUUUAUUUGAAGCUUUAACCAUCAAGUCGAAUGAUGAUUAUAUUGAUCAUAUCCAAUCAUCAAUUUUGGUCUUAGGAUUUGAUGAUGGUAAACCUCAAGCUUCAAAAAAGUUUACCGAAAAUGCUUCUAUGAAUGGUGAUCCUUCAGAUUUUACUAGUUUACUCACUUUGAAUCCUCAAUUGAUUCUUAUAAAUAAAUCAGCGACAGCGAUAAUCAAUUAUUUACGAGGUUAA